CAGAGGAAGCUUCGGUCUCGCCAUCAUCCCAGUUUUGCUAAAUAGCUUGGUAGCCGAUUUUUUAACACCUAUUAUUUCCCACCGGAGCAAUGGAGGUGACGAUGGACCCUUUGUUUCUGGCGUGGAGCUAUUUCAGGAGGCGAAAACUCCAACAAUGUUCAGAUAUUUGCACAAAAAUAUUACAAGACAACCCGUACGACCAGGCUGCAUGGAGCUUGAAAACCCGUGCUCUUACAGAGAUGGUAUACAUAGAUGAAGUUGAGGUCGACCAGGAGGGGAUUGCUGAGAUGAUGCUGGAUGAGAGCUCAAUUGCUCAAGUUGCACGACCUGGAACAUCACUGAGGCUCCCUGGAACAAGUCAGGGUGGAGGUCCCACAGCGGCUGUCAGGCCUAUGACACAAUCAGGGCGUCCCAUCACAGGAUUUGUAAGACCCAGCACACAAUCAGGGCGUCCUGGGACAAUGGAGCAGGCCAUCAAGACCCCACGCACUGCAAGCACUGCUCGUCCUGUCACUAGCGCCUCUGGCAGAUUUAUCCGUCUGGGAACUGCUUCAAUGUUAACCAAUCCAGAAGGACCAUUUAUAAAUUUGUCGAGACUAAAUCUGGCCAAGUAUUCCCAAAAGCCCAAUCUAUCCAGGACACUGUUUGAGUACAUCUUCCAUCACGAAAAUGAUGUAAAAAAUGCUUUAGAUUUGGCUGCUCAAGCUACUGAACAUGCUCAAUUCAAAGACUGGUGGUGGAAAGUUCAGUUGGGGAAAUGCUACUACAGGCUUGGUUUAUAUCGAGAAGCAGAAAAACAGUUUAGAUCAGCUCUCAACCACCAAGAGGUGGUGGAUACAUAUCUCUACCUUGCAAAGGUAUAUCAACGUCUGGAUCAACCAAUAACCGCUCUCAACCUUUUCAAGCAAGGCCUUGACCACUUUCCUGGUGAGGUUACUCUGCUAACAGGAAUUGCUCGCAUACAUGAGGAGAUGAACAACAUCUCAUCAGCCACAGAGUAUUACAAAGAUGUCCUGAAGCAGGACAACACUCAUGUGGAGGCCAUAGCCUGUAUAGGCAGCAAUCACUUCUACACCGAUCAACCCGAGAUCGCCCUGCGCUUCUACAGACGGCUACUCCAGAUGGGGGUGUAUAACUGCCAGCUGUACAACAACCUGGGCUUGUGCUGCUUUUACGCCCAGCAGUACGACAUGACUCUGUCCUCAUUUGAGAGGGCUCUGGCCCUGGUGGCCAAUGAUGAAGAGCAGGCUGAUGUAUGGUACAACAUAGGUCACGUGGCUGUGGGCAUAGGGGACUUGACACUGGCCUACCAGUGUUUUAAACUGGCUUUAGCUUUUAAUAAUGACCAUGCUGAGGCCUACAACAACCUAGCUGUGCUGGAGCUGCGCAAAGGUCGCAUCGAACAGUCUAAAGCCUUCCUGCAGACUGCUGCAUCACUGGCCCCUCACAUGUAUGAGCCACACUUCAAUUUCUCCAUUCUCUCUGAAAAGAUUGGAGACCUUCAAAGCAGCUACACUGCCGCCCAAAAGUCUGAGGACUCCUUUCCAGAGCACGUCGACACUCAGCAGCUUCUUAAACAACUUCGGCAGCACUUUGCAGUCCUGUGAGCGUCCGACCAGCACGCAGAGGAAGCACGCUAUCACCAUCAGGCUUCAGAACAAAAGUUACUACGAAUGUCAUGUUAGUCAGACAUGGAUGUCAAAGAAUGGACAUAGGGUUUGGUUGAUGUUUAUUUAUCAAAUGGUGUGUAGUCACUAGAUUGACAGUUUAUCAG